AUGACCGUGGCUGUUCUCCUCCUCCUGGGGCUGGGGCUGGUGGAUGCUGAAGGUAGAUGUUUCUUCAAUCGCACUCAGGAGCACUGUGUGUGCUACAACCUGUCCGAGGAGAGCGUGGGCAGCAUCAUCCAGUGCCUUGCGGCCUCUGUCGUGGAGUUUCGGGGUGGAGAACUGGAGAGAUACAUAGCCUUCCCCAUCAGCAACCUCGACUCCUCCACCACUGACAUGCUGGGCUCCCUUCUCGUCAGGAAAAUAAUUUUUGGUGAUCUGCUGGUGCCUGAGAUACUCCUCGCCCGAGUCCUGAGAUUCUUCUCCUACACCCAGGUGCAGGAGCUGGUGUUUGAGAGCUGUGUUUUCAAGGGAAGAGGCAGCUGGGGUGAAAUGGCCGGCCAGGAUUUGCCCGUAUUGUCCCUGCACUUCCACAACGUGACCUCUGCCCCGCUGACAGGCCGCGAGAAGGACUUCUCUAGUCUGAGCAGCUGGCUGGAGACCGUGCAGGAGCUGGCUGUCACCGCCUCCCGCGUCACCAGCCUGCCCUGUGCCAUCGGGAGGGUGUUUGGAGCUCUGCGCUCCCUGGACCUGGCACAAAACAGCCUCGGGGACGAGAGCUUGGCACCGGCCUUCUGCGAGGGGGCUUUCCCUCGGCUCCAGACGCUGAGCCUGCAGCACAACAGCCUGGUGUCCUACCACAGCGUGUGCCAGAGCAUGCGGCUGCUGCGGGAGCUCCGGCAUCUGGAUCUCAGCCAGAACAAGCUCAGGGCAGACUCGUCCUCCUCCUGCCAGUGGCCAGCGUCCCUCCAAAUUUUUAACUUGUCCGACGCUGGCUUGGAAGGAGUUCUCACCCCUUUGCCUCCCAGCCUAGAAGUGCUGGACAUGAGCUGCAACCACCUCCAUGCUGUAGAUGUCUCCCUCAGUUCUCUGAAGAAGCUCUUCUUGAGCCAAAACCUGCUGCAGGCUGUCCCCUCCAUCAGGAACUGCCCCAAGUUGGACACUCUCCACCUAAACAACAACUCCAUUAACGAGCUGCCAUGGGAUGAGGUGAAGCUCCUGGGGCACCUGCAGGACCUGGCUGCAGCCGGCAACCCUUACAACUGCUCGUGCUCCGGGGCCGGGGCACUCCAGGUGCUGGCGGGCAUGGGACACCUUGGCCAGGGCUGGCCCCAGGGCUACACGUGUUACUCCCCGCCUGGCUACCAGGGCAGGCUGGUGAGGGACGUGCCGGUCUCGGUGCUGCGGUGUGACAGCGCUGCGGUCAUCGCCCCUGUCUGCGUCGCCCUG